GUUUUGUCGGGAGUAUAAUCAGAACGGCCAUAAACACUGUCCAGAAAAAUUGUAAAUACCUUUUUAUUCAAAUCAUACAGAAACUAUUGAACAUGUCAGUUGAAGAAAGAGUACCAUUCAAGACCAGAAGAAGUUUUGCUGAACGCAAAGAAGAGGUAGAGCGUGUUCGCGAAAAUCACCCUGACAAGAUACCAGUCAUCAUAGAACGUCUAUCUACGGAGCGACAUCUACCGCUUCUCGACAAGACAAAGUAUUUGGUACCCAACUCUGUAACCAUGUCGGAACUUGUCACUCUCUUGAGACGUCGUCUGCAACUACAACCACAUCAGACAUUUUUUCUCUUGGCUAACGAAAGGAAUAUUCCUAACAUGUCAACGACUAUUGCUGAAGUCUACCACCAAGAGAGUUCAGCCGAUGGUUUUCUGUACUUUGUUUAUGCUUCGCAAGAUACCUUUGGAAAUUAG